ACAACCCUAACAGCUUGCAACUUAAAUAUGCGUUGAGGAAGAUGCUCUUCAGAAAUGCUGUCACAGCCUCCAAACAUGCCAACUGCAUUGAAUUUUCCGAAUUUCCUCAUCGAUAAUUCCAAUUUUUCACCAAAGAAAACACAAUUCUCCUCUGAUUGAAGAGAAGACUGAAGUCAAAGAUAUCAACAAUUUCACCCCAUCAGAACAAAUGCUGCUAGAGCAGUUGGACCAAGGAGGGCAUUCUGAGUUUAUUGAAAAUAUUUUGUUCUACAUUGGUGUUGGUGGGUUUGUCGUUAAGAAAAUAUCGAAGUCCGUUACCUGCACAGCUUGUAUAAGCAGCCUCACAUCCAGUUUCAGCAUACCAACACAAAACAUGCGUGAUUACUGUGGCUCAAAAUCAGCAAGAAAUCCUUGUGAUCCACCUGCUUCAGCCUUCACACAGUUUGAAAACCGGAGUGGUUUGACCAAUCCAUUGAAAUCGGUCUUCCCCGUUUUCAAAUACGCGGAACAUGUUUUUAAAGCGAUUGUCAGCAAGGAUGGGAAACAAAUCAGUUCGAACGAAAAAUUACGCAGCAAAAUGAUCUGGGAGGUCUGCCAUCACUUCAUGGCAGAUGAAUGUUGUCGAUCAACUGUCUUCGCUGAUCACAAACCCGGAUUAAAUGGCAUUCAUGACAACCAUAGAGUGAAGCUAAUUAAAUACCAGGGGCGGAUCUAGGGUAAGUCCAGUCAGUCGCGCGACUUACGUAUUUUUGGCAGUAAAAAUGAUAAUUAAAUAUUCAAAUUUAUCUUGAAAUAUGAAUAAUUAACCCUUUCAAGAUUGUAAUAAGAAUUAAAAUCAUAGUCCAGUUACAGCGUUCAGUUUCAAAAAAGCAAUAUUCUUUCAUCCAGAGCAGCGGUAAAACGCAAAAAACUCGCAGAAUCGGGUGGGUCAGCCGGCUCAUUUGAUUGGUCGAUAAGCCAUUUGGACUUAUCUCGACUGAUUUGUGGGGUGGCCGGACUGAUUUGCAUCCUUAAGGGGGCCAAAUCAGUCCAUUUCUUGCAUUGCGAUUGGUCAGUUUGAAUUUACCGGACUUAUCUCGACUGAUUUGCGGGGUGGCCGGACUGACUUGAACUUUAAACGGGGUUCGAUUGCUCUGUCUUCAGAAUGAUAAAAUUGCAAAAUUGCAAAAUGCAAACGAAGCCAGGCUCUUUACUUCCAAUAUUCCGUUAUACGAAGGAUUACAACUUUAUUGUUGGAAAAUUCUGUUAAUACGCGGACAUUCGAAGCAGGAUUUUAACUUUAUCGUGGAGCAGCGAUUUCAUGCGAGCAAUUUGUUGAUGUUAGACUUCAAUAGACGAGGGAAUUAAUCACGAUAUCCCUGCUGAACAUGAAAACUAAGACUGUGUUGAGCCUUGGAAUGAAAGAUGAAAGCUGUAGCCGUUUUGUAGUUCAAAUGUACAUAUGAAUCAAUGACUCGAGGCACUUGGUAUACUUUAAUGAUAUGGAAUGGUUUAUAAGCAAGAGUAAGAGGAAAUAUCCAAUCAACGAUGAGCAAAAAGAAAUUAAACCGUACAUGGAAAAGAAAAUUUAUGAGAAUCUUAAUUUAACAAAAGAGGAAAUAAAAGAAAUUGUUGUUCUUCCUGCUGGCAUGGAUAUAAACGAAUGGCUAGCUACACACACACUAACGCUGUUCAACAGCAUCAAUCACAUUUAUGGAGCAAUUACGGAGUUUUGCACCGCAACCACAUGCCCAACGAUGACUGCUGGCACAGUCAUGUACAGUUGGUACGGACGCAAGGGCAAAAUAUCGGCACCCCAAUAUAUUGAUCUAGUGAUGACACAUAUACAAAAACAUGUUGAAGAUGAAUCCUGUUUUCCGUCAAAAUAUGGCUCGAAAUUUCCCGCCAGUUUUGGCACGUCAGUAAAGAAAUUCAUCAAGCUGUUGCUACAUGUUCUUGGACAUUUAUACUACAGUCAUAUCGCGGAUGUCAGUGAAUUGCAGCUUAAUCCAUAUCUAAAUACUGUUUUUAUUCAUUUAAUGUAUUUUGACAACAGAUUUUCGUUACUAGAAGCAAAAGACACCGUGCCUUUAGACGAUUUAGCCCAAGCUAUGAAUCUUAAUCUUGAUCCGAUACAGAGUUAGAAAACAAAUAAUAUAUAUACAUAUAUAAAU